UGUUUUCUUCCCGAAUUCACCAGCUCGAUAGAUAUCAAAAUAUGGCGGCGGGAGAAGGCAAGCUGAGUACGGAGGCCAACGUUAAUUCCGGCACUACAAUGAGCAGCAAGGACUACCUGGACCCUCCUCCAACGCCGCUGCUGGACGCCGGCGAGUUGGGCAAGUGGUCCUUGUACCGGGCCACCAUUGCCGAGUUUACCGCCACACUCCUCUUCGUCUACGUCGCCGUGGCCACCGUCAUCGGCCACAAGCGCCAGACCGACGCCCAGGCGUGCAGCGGCGCCGGCGUACUGGGCAUCGCGUGGGCGUUCGGCGGCAUGAUCGCCGUCCUCGUUUACUGCACCGCCGGUAUCUCCGGCGGCCACAUCAACCCCGCAGUCACGUUCGGGCUGCUGCUGGCGAGGAAGGUCUCGCUUCCCAGAGCCUUCCUCUACAUGGCGGCGCAGUGCCUCGGCGCCAUCUGCGGCGCCGCCAUGGUGAGGGCCGUGCACGGCGCGCACCACUACGUGCUCUACGGCGGCGGCGCCAACGAGGUCGCGCCGGGGUACUCCAAGGUGGGGGCGCUGCUGGCCGAGGCCGCCGGCACAUUCGUUCUCGUGUACACCGUGUUCUCGGCGACCGACCCGAAACGAAUGGCGAGGGACUCCCACGUGCCGGUGCUGGCGCCGCUGCUCAUCGGGUUCGCCGUGCUGAUGGCGCACCUGGCCACAAUCCCCGUCACCGGCACCGGGAUCAACCCGGCGAGGAGCCUUGGGGCCGCCGUGGUGUACAAUGGGAAGAAGGCGUGGGCCGAUCAGUGGAUCUUCUGGGUCGGGCCUUUGGCCGGCGCCACCGUCGCCAUGGCCUACCACCAGUACGUCCUCAGGAACGGCGCCGCCAAGCACUCCUUCGGCUCCAACAACGACGACGUCGAAGCCUAGGCCAGCACCAUCGUUCGUCAACAUACGUCACGUACUUGGUUGGUUUCAGAUCCACAUAUAUUACGUACUAUAUGG